CCGGGCCGCCGAGGCUGGGGACUCAGGGCUGAAACGUGACCACCCACCAAAGGAUGCGAGGCGCGCGGGGCGGGCUCAACGAGGCUGGGGGCGGGCCCGAGCGCGCUCAUCCCCGCCCCUCCUCCGCGGCCCAGGGCCCCGCCUCCUCCUGCGCCGACCUGGGCCGCCGCCUACGAGGGUCGCGCGCACCCGCGGCUGGGGCCGCGCCGGAAACCGAGCAGUGGCGGGGAGGCUGAGGCCGGGGAUGGCGCACAAGACUGUGCCUGCAGGUGUCCAUCACCUUCAAGGACUUGGCUGUGCGGUUCUCGGAGGAGGAGUGGCGGCUCCUGGAGGAGGGGCAGCGGGAGUUCUACCGAGACGUGAUGCGGGAGAACUACGAGACGCUGGUGUCCGUGGGGACAGCUGAGCUGCUCCCCCUCUCUGCUUUCCUGUCACCCUCAGAGCCUGGAGGAGCUGUUGGGGGAGGGAGCCGCGCUGAUGAGGGGCAGGAGCCUGCUGGUUGCGGAGGUCCCCAGGGGGGACAGCCCCAUCACAGCCUGCACCUCACCGCCCUGGUACAGCUGGUGAAAGAGAUCCCAGAGUUCUUGUUUGGGGAAGUCAAGGGUGCCAUGGACAGCCCCGAGAGUGAGAGCCGGGGAGCCAGCCUGGAUGGAGAGCGAGCGAGCCCCGAGGCUGUGGCAAGAGAGCCUUGCCCUCUCCGAGGCCUGCUCAACUGCCUUCCGGACGGCCCUGCCAGCCAGUCCCGCCUGGCUACCACACCCACCGACAGCUCGUGCUCCAGCGGCCCACCUGGUGAUGCGGUCCAGGGAAGUCCUCUCCCUACCAGAACUGUCAACAAACCAUGGCCUACGAGGAAGGAAGGCCCAGGAGCCCCUGGCGGGGAGCGCAGCCUUCCCACCCUUAGCCCCGGCGGGAGGAGGAGCCACGCAGAGCAGGAGAGAGGGACCUCGCAGGCCGGAAUUUCUCCUGGGAACAGCCCCUUGCAAGGCCUCAUCAACUGUCUGAAGGAAAUCCUCGUGCCUGGGCCCCAGCACCCCGAGACAUCCCCAACCUUCCGACCGCCUCUGCCCAGCCUGGGCACGUCCAGGCCAUCCAAAGCAGAGCUGGGGCCGGGGAGCACACCCUGGGCAGUGAAAACAGAGGCAGCUUCAGGGGACUGUCCCCUCCAGGGUCUGCUGAACUGUCUGAAGGAGCUUCCCGAGGCCCAGGCCAGGCAUCCCAGUCCCUCAGGAGUGGGGGACCCACGACUACAGGAGGAUCCAGGGGCCUGGAAAAGGGGUUCUGGAGGGUCUGGACACCUCCUGACCCCCCCUCCCCGUCCUGGUCCUGGAGCUGGUGGCCUGGUCUCUGUGAAGAUGGAGAACAGCUGGGUCCAGAGCCCCCCAGGACCCGCAUCCUGUCAGCCUGGCAGGCAAUCCCUCAGCCCCUCUGCCACCAGAGACACCAGAGGAGUCCCUGGGGCUAGCUGGGGCCCUGAGGCUCAAGCUGCCGGUGCCUCAAGCUCACCGCUGGAAGCCCUGGAAGCCUGUCUGAAGGGCAUUCCCCCAAGCAGGCCAUCACCUUCGCAGCCGCUGGCCACCUCUUGGUCACAGAACCCCCAGCCAGGAGACUGUGGGUCUCAGAGACCUGAACUGCAGCCCCACAGAUCACAUAGUGAAGAAGCGACCAGGGAGCCUGUUCUGCCUCUGGGUCUGCAGGGCUGUGUGAGAGAUGGCCCUGCCCGGCCCCUGGCACCCCGAGGAACCCCCACCAGCUUUUCCUCAUCCAGCAGCACCGACUGGGACCUGGAUUUUGGGAGCCCUGUGGGGAGCCAGGGGCAGCGGCCUGGAAAAGGAAGCCCACCAGGAAGCUCCCCGCUGCAGGGUCUGGAGAACUGCCUCAAGGAGAUAGCCGUGCCUGUGCCGUGGCCUGCCUGGCCCUGCUCCUCAGCAGCAGACAGGGGACCAAGGAGAGCAGAGCCCAGGACCUGGACAGCAGACAAGGAAGGACCGAGGGCCGAGGCCUGUGAGUCAGCCCGUCUCGGGCAGGGUGGGGGAGAAGCGCCCACCCGGAGCCUCCAUCUGGCCAGCCCACAGGUGUUCACCUCCAGCUGCGUCCCUGCCUGCCACCAACGGGGGCUCAAAGACCCCGGGGCCACCAGGCCACGAGCGUGGAGGUGGCUCCCAGAGGGGCCUGCCCCCAAGCCCUCCCCGCUGCACUGUCUGGAGAGCGCCCUAAGGGGGAUCCUGCCUGUUCGGCCCUUACGCUUCGCCUGCGUGGCAGGCACCAGCCCCAGCCCCAGCCCCGGCUCCAGCUCCAGCUUCAGCGGCUCUGAAGGAGAAGACCCGAGGCCAGAGCCUGAGCUCUGGAGGCCACUCCUCCAGGAGAGGGACCGCCUUCCCAGCUGUAAGCCGCCUGUUCCUCUGUCCCCAUGCCCCGGUGGGACUCCUACUGGCAGCAGUGGCAGCAGCCCUGGUGAAGACCCCAGGAGAACAGAGCCCAGAUACUGCAGCGGCCUUGGUGCAGGUGCAGCUGGGGAUCCCGGCCCUGUUUCUCGGCUGGAGAAAAGGCCUGGGCCCAGGGUUAGUGAAGCAUCCAGAGGCCUGGAGCCUGGACACGGAAGACCAAGAGCUGCAGCCAAGACGCAUGGGCAGCUGCUCCCCCAGGGCCCGCCUGAGCCGCCCCGCGAGUCUCCCCCUCCGGAGCUGCCCCCUCUGGAAGCCGCACCUCCUGCUUUGCCAGCCGCAUCCCCGCAGCCGCCGUGCCCCUGUGGGAAGCCCCUGCAGCAGGAGCUGCACAGCCUUGGUGCUGCCCUCGCAGAGAAGCUGGAUCGGCUCGCCACGGCGCUGGCAGGCCUGGCUCAGGAGGUGGCCUCCAUGAGGACCCAGGUGAAUCGGCUGGGGAGGCGCCCCCAAGGCCCUGGGCCGAUGGGCCGAGCUUCCUGGAUGUGGACCCUCCCUCGGAGACCUCGCUGGGCUCAUGGCCCUGGUCACAGACACCUACCCUACUGGAGGCAGAAGGGCCCCACCAGGCCUAAACCAAAGAUUCUGCGCAGCCAGGGAGAGGGCUGCAGGGCUGGUGACCGGCCAGGACUCUCCAGAGGGACCACUCACCGGGCACCUCUGCUGCCUCCAGAUGCUCUGCCGGCAGAAGCUCCAGGGCUCCACCGCAGCCCUUCCCAGCAGCUGCGGUCCCCCGCACCCAGCUGCCACACUGCACCAGCGGCACACUCCCUCCUGGGACAUUCCGGGGGCCGCCAGAGCCCCCUUCCCCCUUUAGUGCCUGCUGCCUUACCCCUGCAGGGAGCCUCUCUUGCCACCAGUGCGGAUGCAGACAUGCCGAACUCGGGAGUGGCACCAGCCGGGAUCCCAGACCGGCCCAAGGAGCCGAGCAGCUUGCUGGGAGGAGUCCCGAGAGCCCUGCAGGAGGAACUGCGGGGCGGGGAGCACAGGGACCCAAGGUGGGGGGCGCAUUAAUGGCAUUCCUCAUCCCCACCUCUGCUUAUUCUUGCUGAGGGUGCAGUGGUGUCGUGAAAGCCCCAUCACCCCACCCCAGGCCACCCUCUCAGGGGAUGCAAUCUCUCUUCCUGUUGCUGGGAGCCCCGCCCUUUGUCCCAACUGCGCAGAUACCCCAGGUGCUGUUUGCUCGGGAGGCUGCCGUGGUGGUGCCUUGCUUAGCCUCUGUCUGGCCUUGGCUCAGAUUCAAUCCAACGCUGCCUCCCUCUCCUGUCCUUCCCACUGGAACCGCCCGAACUUGUAGGUGGGUGGUGUGCGCAGGCCAUGUGCGCCCCACACAUGCAGGGGGUGCCCCACACAGCUAGGGCAGCCAGGAGAAUGCCUCCUGCUAACCACCAGCCAUUCCUGAUCCCAGGAGCCACCAAGGGCUGGGCUCUUGCCUUCUUGGGGUAACUAUGGGCACAGAUUUCAUUUGGCAGAACUCGGGCCCCUUGGUCUAAGCUGGACUUACCCCUGUGGAUUCUGAAAUUAAAGAAGUGAGUAGCUAAGGAA